CCCGAACUGUCACGAACCGCGCAAGUACCCCACUUUCCUCCCCUUCCGAGGCAAAUGAGCACGCGUUCUCAACGAGAGUGGGAAAAUCGGCUCUUUUGGUCUGUUCUUUUUCCCCUUUUGUCCACGACAGUGGACAAUUGCCCUUUCAAUCACGACAGUUACCCCUUCCUCCAUUUAGAAGCGCUUGUCCUCCACGUUUUCCCUCUCCAAGAAUCGUCAGUGUGCCAUCGGUUCGUUUAAUAGACCUGUUGGUCGGUCUCUCCAGAUUCAAUUAGGCAACAGCAAACCUGGUAGAAAGGAAGAGAUAUCCAUCAUCGGUUAGACGAAUUUUGUUUGGCAGAAAAGAUAAGCGACAAGUAGUAGAAAGAUAGAUGAUAGUUUUUUCAAAAUCAAAUUAAUCGUGAAUAUCUUACGCUUCGGUUUAAGUUAGUCACAUUCAUCUCAAUCAACUUCAAGUGUCACCAAUCGCAAGAGACAAAUAUUUUCAACCACAUAUGAAAUACGUGAUGUUCGUUUGACUGUUCAAAAGAUUGGCCCUCGAAAUACAGAGAGACUGAAUGUAUCUUCUGAAGAACAGGGAUUCGUCGAUUUUUUCAAGCAUCGAAACGUGUAAACAUGGAAGAGGUGGAUGUUCAGCAAGAAUCGAGAGACCAAGUGGGCAAUUUGAUAUUUUCUCCACCACCGAUGAAGAAGUCUGACACGAGAGACAGUAUUUCUUCUGUGGACAGUGAUGUGAGCCUUUCUUUUGAUCGAAGAGGUUCCAAAGGAGAAGAAGCUGAUUUGUCAGACAGUGGAAGUUCAGAUAAUGAAAAAAAAGUGAAUGAUCGAACGGAGCAGCAAAAGAAUUGUGAUCCAGAUUCAGGUGCAGAUUCAUUGGAAGAAAACGUUGUUAAGGAUUCAAAGAACCAGAAGGAGGAAACAUUAACUGAAGUAAGUACUGCUAAUCAAACGGACGACUUUGUUCCACCAAGCGAUGAAUUGGCUGAGAAGAUAUGUGCCCAAGUGGAGUUCUACUUCUCCGAUGAGAAUAUCGUCAAGGAUGCUUUCUUGCUGAAACAUGUAAAAAGAAACAAAGAAGGAUACGUGUCUCUGAAGCUUAUUUCAAGUUUUAAAAGAGUAAAACAUUUAAGCAGAGAUUGGAGAGUUGUCGGAGCUGCUUUAGCGAAAUCGAAGAAACUUCAAGUGAAUUCACAAGGUACCAAGCUACGAAGAGUCGAUCCUUUACCGCCUUUUGAUCAAACUACUCCAUCAAGGACAAUUUUAGCCGCAAGACUUCCGGUAGAGAAGUUGUCGGUUGAAUCUGUAGCUGAAAUUUUCAGGCCGUGUGGAGAGAUUGCUCUCAUUAGAGUACUUCGACCUGGACAUCCUGCACCAGCUGAGGUGCGACAAGCAAUCGCUAAAAGGCCAGAGUUGGCAUCGAGCGAGGAAUGCGCCAUGGUCGAGUUCACGGAUUCAGCAUCCGCUCGAACUGCCUUACAAAUGACCUUGGGUGAUGCCAAGGUAUUUGAGCUGCAACAAUCCAGUGACAAGAAGAGGAAACAACAACCAGCAAAGAAAAGUGCCUUGACAAGAUUAACCAAAGAGGAAGCUUACAAUUCCUCGAGUUGCGCCAGCGGAUCUGAGGCAGAAGAUGGAAGAGUCAGACAUAAGAAACCCAUUCAUGGUUAUCCAAUGUAUCAUGCUUAUCCGGGCCAUCCGUUUCAAGGACCCCCAUCACCAGACGCAUGGUUGUCUCGCCGACUAUCCGCUUGUUCGGUCUCAGGAUCUGAAAAUGGUUUCAUUCUCCGUCGUUUGUCUUCCUGUUCCGGUUCGGGCUCCGGUUCAGAGACCGGAAGCUUUGGCAGACGCUACUCCGCUUGUUCUUCCGGUUCUGAAACCGGUUACUGUCAUCCGGUUUUCCCGCCGAGUUACUAUUAUCAAGAAAAUCGACGUUUCUCUUGCUGUUCGAGUUCCGGUUCCGAGUGUAGUGGUGUUUGUUAUCAUUCUAGUCGCCGCGGUUCCGCGGAUUACGGGCCAAUUUUGAGGAGAUUAUCUGCUUGCAGUCGGGAUUCUGCUUAUGACGCAGGUUCUAGAAGGCUGUCUCUAUGUUCUUCUGGUUCUGAACAGAGUGGCUACUGUCGACCUAGGAGCAACAGUGGCAUCGCGUUAACACAUCUACCAGAAAACGUGACAAGAAUGCCAUCAGGACCAGAUGGAACACGUGGAUUUGGCCGACCACCUAAAAUGAAUGUCAUGCCACCACCCAUGGAACCCACCUGUUAAAUGUCAAUUAUUCUUGAAAGUUUUUAUCGUAGAGAGAUCGUUUGAUCUACUCACUAUUUCUUGUUCUAUUUGUCGAAUUAUCUAUUCUGUUGUUCCGAAUAGAUUAGAAAACAGAAACAAAAAGAGAAAAAAAAAUAUUCUUAAAGACUUUUAUACGAAAGAUCUCUGAAAUACAAUCAGUACUUGAAGUUAAGUAAGGUAAAUAAUGAUGUACAAAUACGUCGAUGUACAAGUGUACCUACUGUUUUAGUGUAUCUUAUUAGUUGUUGCACAUAUACUACUGAAUGACAUUAUUUGAAUUUAUAGAUGAAAUAUAUUUCGCAUAUAUGUAUCAUUUUCCAUGUAAUAGACUUCUAACAAAAAUGAUUGUAUGAUGCGAGUUAUGUUUUAUAUAUCAACGAUUUAAUAUUUUCUUUGGCACUUAUAUUUUUAUUUAAUGUUAUGGAAUGAUUUUAAACGUUUAGCUUCUUGGCUGCCCAUAACCGCCGAAAAUGUACGUAAUAAUGUUUAUGUGGUCUUAUUUAUUCAUCCUAAUCACACAUUAUUUAAUGAUAAAAUAUUUGUGCCUAAAAAAAGUAUAAAUAUUAAUAUUCCAAUAGUAAUUUAAUUGUGAUAAGCAUCGAUUUAUAAGCAUAUGUAAAAGCUGUACGACACUGUACCAUAAAAAUGUUCGAUGAUGAGGUUUUGUGAUAUUAUCAAAUAAUGUACAGACUUCGAAAUCGUGAGUAAGUAGAAUAUGUCUACAUUUAACAAAUAUAUAUUGAUAUACAGUUCGUAAUACUCAACCAGAAAUACAUUUAAAUGCUCGAGAAUACUGUAAAAAU